UGCUGAACUGUUGGUAAAGCGCAUUAUGGGUAAAAUAACGUGUAUCGUGUCCUCCUCCCGUACCUCGUCAUUGCAUUAACAUUGUACGACGUUAUGAGAUUCGCGAUAAAAGGAAGGUGGACGAGAAAACAGGACGAGCGAACGAAAUGAGUGCACGGUGAACGAGUCGCAGAGUAUCGCCGAUUCGCAAACACGCAUCGAACUCCGUUUUUUCCUGCCCUAGCUCGUAUCGUGCUCCGUGCUCGCGAUCGCGAUCGGUUUUUUAGCCUGCAGAACAGCGUUCGAGGAGGGUGGGUGAUUUACUGCGCCGCAUCAGCGAAGUCUAAUUGCGAGAGACGAGUUCGAAUACGGAAAUCCGAGCCUCGUUUCCACUAUCGCGCGAACGUGUCUCUUCCCCUCUCUCUCGCGUGUCCUCGAGAACCUCGUUUUCUUCGUUAACCUGUGACACGAGUACGUCGACAACGAUGAUCGACCUAACAGUCAAGACGUUGGAUUCGCAGAAUCACGUCUUCUCCUUGGACGAUGAUCAAAUCACGGUGCGCGGCUUUAAAGAACACAUAGCAGAAGCUGUCGCGGUACCAGCCGAUUCGCAACGAUUGAUUUAUUGCGGAAGAGUGCUUCAGGAUGAAAAGAAAUUAAAUGAUUAUGAUGUUAAUGGGAAAGUUAUACACUUGGUACAACGCGCACCGCCUCAACCAGGUCAACAUGGGAGCGACGGUGGACAGACACCGGGUCAGAACAAUAGACAGGGCUGGCAGAACCCACAGAGGCCACAGUAUCGUGUCACGCGUGCUCAGAUGCAUGGAAAUGCAAUGUACCUGGGUGCUAUGUCGGUUCCGGCUGAGAUCGUAGAGGGUCAUGGAAUACCGCAAUUGAGCAACAGUUUAUCAGGUAGUCGAUUGAAUCAUGCUGGUCGUAUGUUGGAUCGUAUAAGCGAGCUGAUUGACCGACUGGAUGAUCCUAAUGCACCACCGCUGCAUCCUACUCCUUCAGAGCUCAAUCAGCCGACGGCACCGCAGCAACCAGCACAACACCAGCAGGAAUCGGAUGUGGAGCAAAAUGAUGGCAACGAUGGUGCUGUGAGAUUUGCUGAGGCAGCUGUUGCUGCUAUCACGGCUGCAUUGUCUGCCGCUGGUGCACGUGGGGUUACGUUAUUAAGAGGAAACAAUUAUAAUGGUCCAAGUACGAGAUCUACAAGCGACGCUAACGAGAACCAAAGUGAUGCCGAGUCGCAGUCGCAGUCGCAAUCAGAGCCGCAGGCGCAGCAGCCGCCGUCACAACCUCAGACGCAACCGCAGGCGCAACAAUCGCAGCAACAACAGCAACCCCAGCAGGCACCACCACCGUCCGCAGAAACGGGAGCUUCGUCGAUGAACGCUGGACAAAACAGACGGGCCCAGCAGCAGGAUCUCCCGCGACCCCCACAAAUGGCAGGACUACUCCAGAGACUAUCCAAUGUUCAGGAGCGCAUGAGACCGUACUUGGAACGUUACAUCAUGCUCAUGCUGCUCGAUCCGUCGUUACCGCCUGGACCUGGGCCGAAUACUGUGGAGGAGAGUCAGCGAAUAGUGGACGGAGUCAGCGAAGUCCUGCAUCUAAUGUCUCACUGUUGUCACGCGUUGAGCGACAUUAUCGUCGACAUGAGUCAACCACCGCCUAGAAACUUGCGUUGUCGGCCGAUAAUAGUGCAGCACUCUGCUAUUUUACAACCCGGUAUACCGAUCCAGGUAGAGGCUCACAUCAGCUUAAACGGCCGCGGUACUAACAAUAAUAACAGUAGCGACGAAGCCACCGAGUCCGGUAAUCAGCAGGCACAGUCGGAAAACGCGGAAUCGACGACGACUUCGCCGCGCGUUAGUACCGAGGAGAGCAAUCAGGAACGAGAGUCCGAGAGUACGGCGCAGUCGCAAGCGGAACGGCCGCAACAGGAGCAAGGCCAGUCGCCAUUUGUAUUCAACUUGCCGAACAACGUCGAGGUAUUGAUGGAAGUCAGCAACGUGGACGGCGGAUCUGGCAAUGAGCAGAACGCGGGCAACGAGAACAACAACAACGGUAACGCCCGCAGGACAAACGUGUUCCCGUUCGGUACCGCUCCGCCGCCGUAUUUCAUGCGGAAUUUUAUGCAGGCCGUUGCCGGCGCGCACAUGAUGCACGGUGGUAUCGCUACUACGAAUAUAAGUACAAGGAGUACGCCGGUUACCACGGUAGCAGCGCAGCAAGGUAUUCCCGCUUCCGCGAUGGAUAGCGGCACAACAAACGCUGGUCAGAGCACGCAAGCACGAAGCAAUUCUGGUACUCAUCCAACGACGGCCACACAGACUCGAAGUACGUCACGGCCGCAUGUGUUCCAUCACCACGCUCAUCCUAUGGGGCUCGGUAUGAGCAUCGGAUUGGGUCUCGAUUUCGAUCCCUACCUUCCGUGCAACUCGCACCACGUGUAUCGUACACCGGCGAGUACCGCGCCUAGUGGUGGCGCCGCGACCGCUGGUGUGACGACUUCUUCGCAAACAACAACACGUACGAUGCCGACAACCACGGCAGAUGCACAAAAUCAAACGGCGACGACAUCGACUACAACCACCAGUGCUACAAAUGCGACAUCAGCAACGAACACGGAGACGGCUAAUAAUACUCCUUUCGUGAACAUGCUGCAGCAGAUACUGAGCCAGUCAGCGGGCGGUCAAACGCAGUCUAACAUAAGCAUCAAUAGCAACGCUCUUAAUUUAUUAGCGAGUUUGGGGAACAUGAUACAAAUGUUCGGUAGCAACAUCCACGUUUGGGAUACGGGAUUCGUAAAUAACAGUUCUAUGGGAAGCGCUGUUACUCUGGCCGACCUGUUCAGCCGGCCCGAGGGUCCAGGUUUGUCGCUGGAUAUUUUCACGUCAAAUUUAUCCGGAAGGGGCAGUUUCCUCGUGGACCUGUUCGCAGUACUGGCUCAAAAUAUGACACUGGAUGGAUUAAUUAGACUACGUCUUGGUCAGUCGGAGCCCAUCGCUCGUCUACGCAGGCCGCUACAAGAGUUCUUGCAGUACACAUUCCCGAGAGCCUCGUCGACGGAUCUCGAACCGCGAGUGAUCGAGCGCCUUCUUCUUCAGUUGCAGCCUCACAUACGGAAUCUUCUGGCAUCCGAGGAAGACACCAGUGGCAGGAGUGGCUCGCGCAUCGAUAUCUACGCUACAGUUGAAUCACUGAUCGCUCGUCACGUGAAAGAUAUACUCAGAAUCUUAUUUGACAAUAGUGUUGACGACGCGAGGUUCGGACAGGAGAUAUUGAAUAUCCUCAUCGAGUUAUGCAACCAAAUUUGCAUGGUACUUCGGUACUCUUUGCGCGGCGGUCAGGCUGGGUUGGAGGCGAUCGCGUUGCGUUUCGUGAGCGACGUUCUGAUCGACGGUAGCAAUCCUCCUCUUCGUCAAUGGAUGCUCAACGGAUUCAUCGCCCAACUUCGCAAUUAUUUCUUGCGCAUACCUCAGCUCCCGGAUUCGGAGAUCGUGCCGCUUCUAGUGUAUAAGGAUGCCUCGUCCCAGCAGUCGUCGGUAUCCUCCGCCUCAACUCGUCAGUCCACCCAGGCACAGUCGCAGGAUGAGCCGAUGGAAACCGAGACCGUGGAGCAGCAAACAGUGCGCGAAAGCUCCGUACCUGAGGACCGGGAAGAAAUUCCGGAAACAUUCCCCGGACAUGAAGCGCUACCUUCGGAUUGGGUGCCCAUCAUCGCUCGAGAUAGCGUGAGACAGCGGCGGCAAUUGCAGCAGAUGCAGGGAGUGACGACGAACAGUGGCGUGACAACGUUCAGCGACGCGUAUCUGGGUGGAUUACCGACCAAGCGUCGUAAAUUAAUCGAACAGCAGAAACCGCGCUUGUUAGUCAGUCCCACGCCGAAUCACCAUUCAACGAUAGCGGCGUCCAUGGAGCGACUGGUGAGGGAAGGCGUGGGUCGUGCCGGCGUCGAGGAGGUCGAGGGUGCCGCCGUGGCCGUCGCGGCGGACCCCGCCGUGCGGCGUGCGUUUGGACAAGCGAUCAGGGAUUGUCUCAAUCCGUGUCGAUACGGCACGCCGGACUUCCCGGACCCGUUACGCUUCCCGAACGCGACCAAGUAUUUCGCGGAUCAAGAACGCCCACCGAAAUAAUAGCCAGUGGCAAGGUAUUACUAUCGCGAGUUUAAUUAACGGGAUUGGAGGAGACGUAUUAGGCUAGUUAGGACAAAACGGCGUCAGGAAAAGUGAAACGAAUUCGGUCGCGCGCGCAUUUUAAUUCCAUUUAAGAAAAGAAAAUUGAUUAUCUAUUCUCGGAACGCGUGAAUUUCUUAGUGAAUCUGAACGGCUGAUGGAUGCAAAUCGGUGUAGGUGCGCCUAUCUACUAUCCAUGUUACGCCCAUAUCAAUAUCUGCUUUGGUGAGAUAAUCGUUAAUACGAUCUUUGCGUUAAGUUUGUGCUUGAUGAUUAAUAAAAUCUAGGGUGUCUUUCCAAUCGAAUUUGCCAUCAAAUCGCUAAGGGAAAAUCGACAUCAGUUUUUUAACGAAGCGCGGACAUCCUGUACAUACAUAGAUGUAAAAAUUGUGAACUGUACACCCUCUCUUCCUCUCUCUCUCUGCCCUCCCAUUUAUUUAUGACACUUAUUACGCACUUAUUAUUUCUCAGAUGUUUUUACCGCUCGUGAACCCUCUUUUCAUUUUCUUCCCUUCAUUGAAUGGGAAGCUAAAAGGAAGUUUAAUUUCCCGUAAUUUUAGAUGAAAGAUUCCAAAUAAUUGUCAUAAAAAAGUAGCUUUUAUUAUAAUUGAUAGGAGUUAUUAAACAUUUCUUUGUGAUCAUUACAUGCAAUUUGACAAUGUUGGCAAACAACUUUGGCAAAAGUGAUGGAUUAUGAGUUCCAUGAAAAAUCUUAUCGGAUGCUUUGUGUAGAAUCUACAUAACACUACGUCUACACUGUAGAUAAUUAAUUUCUGACAUCCGGUGUGACAGGGGCAUUUACGAAGCGGAGUCUUUCCACGACGUAUAUUCGACAUAUAUUACGCGAUGAGAGUAACAAGCAAAUCGAUAUGUGUAUGAUGCGCGAUUAUGGUAACAUAUUGUGUGUGAAGCAAGUUUAAUCGUUGUAAUAACCAAACAGUUGUACGAGAACAAAAAGAGAAAAAAAUAAAGUUAUAUAUCCCUUUU